CUGUCGUCCAACAUAGUAGAGAAGAAGAAGAAGAAGAAGAAGAUGGGUUCAGUACUGCUACUCUCUUACAUGCUACUUACCUUCCUCUGUUCACUCCUCUUAUCCUCAGCUACUUCUCCUCAUGGCCUGGCCUUCGAGAACCCAAUGUCGUUUCCACCGUCGGCCUACGAGUUCUUCCACCCGACCGUCGACGCACCUGAAACUGCACCACUGCCUGCGUCGUCGCUCUACCCCGGAAAGACCUCGGCGAGGGCAAAGGCCGACGCGGUGGUGGGGGGAAACGUGUUCUCGGCCCCUCCGGGUCGUGGCGGGGCUGUGACCGGCGCCAUUGCUGCCGUCGUCCUCGGGCUUGUGUUUGUGAUGCUCGUGGCUGUGGUGUCCGCCUACAUUGCGAUCAAGCGCCGCAGCGAUGUCAUCAAGGCCAAUGCGGAGAUGAAGGCUGAUGCAUGAGUGAAGGAGACUUCAAAUCAGCAGACUGCGUUCGUAACAGUAUAAAUUAUGUGGAGGAUUUCAAGCGGGCCAGCUCGAAUAUGGGAGAACGCAAGGAUGAUGUUAAGAGGCAGCGUGAGUGGUGAUGCACGAUUAUUACAGCUCUUUGCACCACUUGAUUAGCUUCCGCAGUGUGUUUCUAAAUAUUGAUCGGCCAAAUAAUUUUCCGGAGUAUCCGUAAAAAGAAUAGUUUUCUCGU